AUGAUUCGAAGGACUUUUUAUAGAAAACGAACUCGAUUACAAAAAUGGGAACAAUCAAAAUACGAUUUCAUUACUUCCAAGACAUCUAUCGUCAAUCAAUCUCAAGAAAUAUUUGAAAAUCAAAGUGAGUCUAUAUCAUCUGCACCUAUGAAAGUCGAAGAAAUUAAGGAAUACAAACCAGAACGUAUUGAAUCAAUGGAUCCAUUGGCAACGACAACUACUGAGAUAAUAAAUGGUCCUUGUCCUUUAACAAAAUUAAAAUAUUAUUCUUUUGGUGAAUCAAUACCCUUUGGUUCAUUGCAUACAUUAUAUUUAGGUGUAUUUAAAAAAUUUUGGUUAUCUUCUGUUAAAAUUCCAACUACUACAAGUCGAAGAUUUCGAACAAUAAAACAUAUUGCACGUUUCAAGGCGAACGAAUUCAGAUCUUUAAUGCAUCACGAUUCAACAGUAGUGUUACAAGCAAUAUUACCAAAAUAUCGUCGACAUUUUGCAUUGCUAUUAGCUGCCGUUAACAUUGCGUCUAAAGAUGUUAUUGACAAUUAUGAUAUAAUAUUAGUCAAAGGAUUACUACGUCAAUAUGUAAAAGAUUGGCAAAAGAUAUUUGACCUUCGUCAUAUGUCAUCCAAUAUACAUUCACUUUUACAUAUUCAUGAAUCAAUACAAUAUCUACGUCCUUUAUAUAUGUAUAGUACUUUUAAUUUUGAAGGCAUUGGUCAUGACCUGGUGUGCAUGAUCCAUGGUAUGAUACACUAUGGACCACAAUUAAUUUCAAAUUUACAAUAUUAUCGACAAGCUAUAAUUGAUGUAUGCAAACGUGAUUAUCCAGAAAAACUAUUUUAUUUUAAUGAAAUCAUUAAACAUAUCAAAUAUAAAACUUUAUCAUCCACAAUAUCUCGUAAAUUCGCCGAUUUUUGUGUUUCAUUUAUAUUUGGACGACAAACUAAAUUAGGACUUAUUAGAACAAUUGUAACCGAUCCAAAUGAUAGUGGAAAAAUAUUUAUUGUAUUGGAAGAUCUUAUUGAUGAACUCGCAAGACAUUAUUUAUUACAAUUUAAAACGAAUAAUACAACAUUCUCAACAAUUCCAAAUAUUUACAUUCGAAAACGUUCUUCGUGUCUUGUUCUUAGAUCGUCAUCGCAUAUUUUGCAUAAACAUUCGUACAGAUUUCUUAAUGAUGAAGAAACUAUUGAAAUAAUCGAAUAUUCAAAUCUUAAAGAGAGCAGUUGA